GAAAGUGAAGACCCGGCACCCGGCGCGGGCGUCCAGGCCGCGCGAUAAGUAUCUCGCGCGAGAUUAACAAUCGCCCGCUCUCGAUCCGGUCCAGCGAGUGCUGAAACUUGGCAUCCGGUAUAUGCGGUUCCGCGCAAUCGCGAAUGCGCCGAAACUUUCUUCCCGUUUCGAGCUUUUCCUUCAUCGAUAAACGGAGGGCUGCUGACCUUAAUCGAACUUGUUCGACAUCUCAUCGAUCAUUUCAAGGACCGAAUCUUUAAUCGAUCCUACGUGCGAGAAACAAGAAUCGUUAUCGACAGCAUCAACUCUCGUGUUUCGCCGAAGUUCUCGCUGUGUCAGCUGCUUAAGGAUCAUUUGGAAAUUCAGAGGGCAGCCGCUACGACUCCCACUCGGCACAGUCGACGCAGGAUCGCAGGAAGCUGCUGAAACGUACGAGGAGUCUUGCAGUGAUAUCGGAGGACGAUUCCCGGCAGGAUCGAGAAGCGGCGCACUUUCGGCUAGGCGCACAUUCAACCUUCGAUCUGCCCAGGAGACAUCAAUUGAUACCGAGGGCGAAGCUAAUCGAUCGGAAUUCUCUCAAGGACAGACUCUCCAAGAGUCAGCAGCAUCUUUCCGACUCUUACGAGAGAUUCAACGAGACAAAAUCUUAUCAUUCGCGAUCGACGUGCGGCCUUCACUCGAUCCCGUCGGGUCUCGCGUCUCUUCCAGAUCCGUUGCCUUACACUCGUAAAAACCGCGCCGAUCCGGAUAGACUGAAUAUACUCGACUGGCCGGAUCCUCCGAGGCGAUACCGCAGCGUGCAAAAUUUGGACACCGUAAGUGGAUUGGUCGACAUCGUCGAAGAUAACUGGCCGAUUGAAGGCAAUCGGAGCAUCGAUUGCAUAUAUACACAGGUGAAGCGCAAGCGUAAGGAGCACAGGAGUUUAGACAGCAUCCUCUUCGAAGACGACGGGGAAUUGGAAUACUUCGACGUGCUGAAUUUGCUGCCUCUCUCCAACAUACGGCUGGAAUACAACGAGACCGCCUCGUCGAGGGACGGUAAUUUCGCGCCUAAGAAGGUACACGGUUUGCGAGAUUUAAGAGUGCUCGAGUACAACGAGCCGAGCGGCGUUGGCAGCGCGAGCGAAGUUUCGCCGACGGGCAGCAACGCCACGGACGAGGAGAAAUGUAAGGAGCACACAGUGAACGAGGAUAAUCCCGCCCGAGCCGACGGCGAAGCCGAGAAAGAGGUCCGCCCGAACAUCCUCGAUUCAUCCGAGGGGACGGAUUCAAACCGGCGAAAGCAUCGGGAGACCGACGGGAGUUUCGGGGCAGAUUCGGAGAUUAGCUCAGCGAACAAGUUCGUGGAUCAGCACGCUCCCUCCUCCUCCUCCUCCUCAUCCAAGACCGAUCAUAAGGGAGCUGAGGUUGAAAAUUUUGUGAUCUCCCGCGAAGAGGAGGAUCACAAGAUCGAGGGGGUGCAGGAUUACAAGUCGGUCUGGAUCUCGGACGAGAAUCGAAACGAGAUGUCACGGAGGCCGCAGAUUCUCAAAGUCGUCGACAAUGACGUCACCAGGAGACGCCAUCGGCGCUCCGUCGUGGAGAUCGACGCCAUCGUCGAGGACGUGCCAAAAGAUAAGAGAUCGCAGGAGAUUACGAAGGACGUGAACGAGCGUAUCGAUGCCUCUGUAAUUAAAUCGAUUAAUAACAUGAACGAGGAGGACGAAGGCCACGGAAGGAAAGCGAAAGAAGCUACGGCGCCGGAAAAUGCGGAAAAUGGGGCGACGGUGGAGGACGCGAGAAACUUCUUCGAGCGGAAAAGUACCGAGAAGGAGGCAGCGCGAAAUAAGCAGAACGAGGGCAGAUUUGAGAGGAUCGUAAAGGAAACAUCAAACAUUCUCGGCAAGGCGUGCAGCGUCGUAAAGGGCAGUCUCGGCUUCGAGGCGAGAUCGGAGAGCUCCGAUCUCGGCCUCGGUUCCGAAUCCGGUAGCGAUUCCCGCAGAAGAUCGGUGGACGACGGUAUCGAGGACGAUCGGCCGUCGAGAAGCGCGGAGAGCUCCGGUAAUUCCGCCAAGUUGAGGACAGGCGACAGUAAAAAGUCGCACACUAAUCUCACCAGGUCCAUGAGCUGCAUGGACUCGAUCGAGUGUCAGGACGACGGUCCGGAGUUCGAUCACGUGCGCUACAAGAUCGUCAAGUCGCAUAUGUUCAGCAAGAACAUGUUCAGCACCGCUCGAGGCGACGUCACGUACGAGGGGCUGAUGCAAUAUCUGCGCGAAUACUCGUUUCAGGAAUUGCUCAUGGAUAAUAACGUUGUUAUCAUUGAACCGGUGCGCGCCGAGCCGGUGGAGCGGAAGUCGUCGCCGUUGGCCCGAGCGGAGCCCACAUGCAAGAUCGCCGGCGCGAUCCAGAAGAAGAUGGAGAGCCGCGAGAGAAACGGGGAACGAGCCGAGAGCGGUGGCGCCAAAAGCACUAAAAGCUCCAGGCAGUCGUCCAUCAGAAAGCACUUCUUCUAUCAACCGAUACGGGUGAACCGUGAGCUGAUUGACGAGGAGUUACCGGAUCCGGACACCGUCAGAAACGUGAGACGCAUGUUCGAGAACACUCUCGAGAAAAAGAAAAGCACGACCGACAGCGAGUUCUCCAGGGACGACAAGACCAGGAGGAGCGUCAGUAUGAAGGAUCUGACUAGCCUCGACGACAGUCGGUACGACGAAAUGUCGGACAAGACACGCGAAGAAUCCAGAUCCAGAUGUUCCAGCAGAGCGAAAGAUCUCACGCGACUCUUCGAGACCAAGUCCGCGUCAUCGACCGUUUCCGUAGCCAAGGAGGAAUUCGGAAGUCCGCGAUGCGAGUCGAAAACGAGAAUUCUCGCGCAAAGUUUCGAAGCUAGGAGCGGAAACACGUCGCCGAGUGGCUCUAAUUGUUCUAAGAGCAAGGUCGGCCGUUACCACCACCACCAUCAUCACCAGCAUCAUCAUCAUCAUCAAAACUGGGAUUCCGGCAGCGUCAGUUCCGGCGUGUCCAGCGAUUAUCCCGACACCGAUCCCGGGAGCGGUGCUCACUGCACGUCGUCCGACGACGAGGACGUGAAUUGCAACGAUGACGAUGCAGACGCGAGCGGUCCGGGGCAUUACGUGUCCCAGGACGUUCUGCGUAAGAUCCGCGACUGCGGCACCUCUGUAACGUACUACGGCGGAAAGGUGGUCAAUAUGCACAAUGGGCCGUUAGUCUCGCCGUUGAUCGGCAACGGCUUCAAGCGAAUCGACAAAUCGAACGAUUACGUGAAGUUCAAGUUGGUGAAGAGCAACUCCUGCGACAGCAGGCUGGAGCUGACCGGCAGACUCGUCGAGGGACAGUCGUCACACUUUUCUGCACGUCGCAAUCGCGACAGAUGCGCCGAUCUCAGGCAGUGCACCAUCGCGGAGACACCCAGCAUCGAGAUCACAACGAUCGACAGCAGGCAAAAGGACGAGGCUGCGCAGAGGAACGGGGGUGUCGGGCAAGUCGAGCAGGUGAAACGGGAACCGCCGGUGGUGAUUGGUUUGGAGCCGAAGAAAGAAGAAUCCAAGGAAUCGAGGAAGAUCUUCAAAGCUGACUUUAAGCUGGGCGAUCUGGACGACUCGAGAUCCAAUUAUCCGAGCAAAUUCAUGCCGAGCGCAUUGACGAGGUGGGAGGUGAAUUCGAGCUGGAAGGUCGGCAAUGAUUUCGGUAAAAUGGAGUUCGAGGAGUUCGAGGUGCUCGAGGAUAGUCUCAAUGGGAUCGAUGAGCAAAACCAAUGCGCGCAGGCAUCCUAAACGGGGAAUCUAUUGUAUAUUUAUUUUUCUCUGAUGCAAUUGGAACUCGCGCGCGCGAACAAAAAUAAGACAUACAACGUGAUUAUUAUUUUUAAUAAAGUUGCGUAAAGAUAUUUCUUGGCGUUACUGAAAAUAAUUUUUCUUUGUAAAAAGAAAAAUGAUAUUCAGUUUGCGGAACGAUAAAUUUAAAUUGCAAUCGAAUAGACGUUGCUAGAAAUAGAACAAAGAAUUUUUUAAGGAUAUUUCUAACGAAUGUUUCUGGCAGCAAGUAAUGAAAAUCUCGCGAGAGUACGUUGAUAGUCAAAAUAUUUAUUUGGGUACGUAAGUACUAUCGAUCAAAUAGUUUAUUAUUUCAGGUGGAUAAGUCCACACGAGUCAUAUUAGAGCAGGUGAUAAAUAUUGAGAUACGUAUUAAGAUAUAAUACAUUAUUAUAUAUUAAAGAUUCAAUAUAUUAUUGCAUAUAAUGCACAAAGCACACACGAAAUCGACUCGUAAUUUGAGUAUAUUAAAUGUAUAAUAAAUAAUUAUAUGUAAUAAUCUUA